AGUGGAUUGGGAAGUGGGUUGAUAAAUAACUUGUCAGUCUAUUAAUGACAGGGCGGAUACAAACUACUUCAUCCGUGUAAGUGAGUCUCCCCCAACCCCCAAGAUAAUAGACCUCCCGCCACUCCCAGGCAUCGGGGGUUAGCUCCACUCCCACUCCUGAAAAUGGGGUGUUGGUGCGCUUGAAAUCAGCGAUCAACGUGAAGAUCUCUACCGCCAGAACAAUGUAUUCAGUGGUGAACAAACUCGUGGCUUUGCGCGGUGAUUCAAGCUUCGUACAGCCUGUUGAAGACCUAGCACGUUCAACGUUAUUAGAUGGCUUAUUAGGUCGCACAAGAUUGGCACAGACAACCCUCGAUAAUCAAAUCCGAUCACUGCUCUCUAACGAUACAUCAUGCCCAAGGCCACUACCCCUCCUCCCGCUUUUGCGGCCCUCAUCGACACAGCAUUGUUUACUCCAUUGAAGCUGGGAAGCCUUAGCCUCAAGCAUCGAAUUGUGCAGGCGCCUACAACUCGCAUGAGGAGCGAGUUCGAAUCCCGCGGAGUAUACGUCCCCGGCGCUCGUGUCGCAAAGUAUUAUGGCGAGAGAGCCAGUGAUGGCGGUCUCCAGAUCAGCGAGGCCACGGACAUCUGCCUCAACGCCAGCGCAUACCCUGGUGUCGCAGGCGUCUUCACCGACUCCCAGCUGCAGGGCUGGCGCAAGGUGACAGAUGCCGUCCAUUCCAAGGGCGGUUUUAUCUUCGUCCAGCUCUGGCAUACCGGCAGAGCCUCAUCAGCCGGCAUGAGAGGCGGCAACACCCCAGUCUCAUCGGGCAGUCAGCCCAUGGAUGGGAAGUACCUAGACGGUACCGAGUGCAAAGAUGGCCCUCCCAGACCUUUGUCCGUUGAAGAAAUCCACGACCUGACGGCAGAGUGGGCUGCUGCUUCAAAGCGGGCGGUCGAAGUUGCAGGAUUUGACGGUGUCGAGAUCCAUGGCGCAAACGGAUACCUAUUAGAGCAAUUCCUCCAUGACAACAUUAACGAUCGUACUGACAAGUAUGGAGGCUCAGUUGAGAACCGCUCAAGAUUCCUCUUCGAGGUUUUGUCAGCUGUCAGCGCCGCCAUCGGUCCCGAAAAAGUCGGCCUUCGUCUUUCCCCGUACAACUACUUCCAGGGGACGCGAGACAGCGACCCUAACAAACACUGGUCGUACAUUUCCCAGAGACUCGCUGAGCUCCCAAACAGUCAGCGUCCCGUCUAUGUGCACAUGAUCGAACCUCGUUUCGACGAAGUCCUCGACGAGGAGCAAAAGCUCGCCUCCUUGUGCGGAUCAAAGCCAGAAUCCAAGCCGGCCAACAACCUGACGCAGUUCAGAGAUAUGCUGAAGCCAUCGGGCGUCAGAUUCUUGGCUGCUGGGAAUUUCGAUCGUGACAACGCCUUGUCCAAGAUCAAGAGCGGCGAAUCAGAUGCGGUGGUGUUUGGCCGGCACUUUAUCGCCAACCCCGAUUUGGUGGAGCGGUUGAGAAACGGCUGGCCGCUGAACCCCUACGACCGUACGACGUUCUAUGGAGCGGAACCUCCCGAGAAGGGAUACAAUGACUAUGAGUUCUACGAGGUUGACAAUGCCGAGAUCGUGGCAAAUGAUUAAGCCGGUGUGCCGUAUCUAGACAGACUUUACAGAAGAGAAUAGCAUGAAAUAGAAGCUUCUCAUAUGUCCAAAGUAAUGAUAGGAUUGGGUUUUGGCUGCACAAAAGAAUCAAUCGCGGACACGGUUAUUACAUGAGCAAACACUUAUUGUCCCCAGCAAUUACUAAUAAGGUUCAG